GUCCGGGGCGGCGGCCGGACUACAACUCCCUCCCGCCCGCGGGGUGUCGCGAGGCCGUCCGGCGUGAGGCGUCCGCGAGCGGGGAGUCUCCAAGAUGGCCGCGUGGGGAAGGAGGCGUCUUGGCCCGGGCGGCGGCGGCGGCGGCGGCGGCGCCGCCGCCCGAGAGAGGGUGAGCCUGGCGGCCACAGACUGUUACAUCGUGCAUGAGAUCUACAACGGGGAGAAUGCCCAAGACCAGUUUGAGUACGAGCUGGAGCAGGCCCUGGAAGCCCAGUACAAGUACAUCGUGAUCGAGCCCACCCGCAUCGGUGACGAGACAGCCCGCUGGAUCACUGUGGGCAACUGCCUGCACAAGACCACCGUGCUGGCGGGUACUGCCUGCCUCUUCACCCCGCUGGCGCUGCCGCUGGAUUACUCCCACUAUAUCUCCCUGCCUGCGGGCGUGCUGAGCCUGGCCUGCUGCACCCUCUACGGCAUCUCCUGGCAGUUCGACCCCUGCUGCAAGUACCAGGUGGAGUACGACGCCUACAAACUGUCCCGACUGCCCCUGCACACACUCACCUCCUCCACCCCGGUGGUGCUGGUCCGGAAGGACGACUUGCACAGAAAGAGACUGCACAACACGAUAGCACUGGCGGCCCUGGUGUACUGUGUAAAGAAGAUUUACGAGCUCUGCGCCGUAUGAUCGGGGCAGAGUAAGGGGAGCAGGCAGCCCGGCAGCGAGGUGGCAGAAUGGAGCCCGGGAAGGCAUCUGGCUGCACGUUUGUUAUUUUAAAGAAAUAACAGAUCACAAGUGUACCAGGGGUUUUUUCAGCUCAUCACACUAAGAUGUGGAUUCCCAUAACCCACGGGGGCCUGAGGCUGUGGAAGACCGACCAGGCAGCAGGAUGUGAUGGAAGCAACGCUACUGAGGGGAUAUGAACGCGCCUGGGGGGUCGUUAAGUAUGUUGUUUAGCUGUACCAUCCAGAGCCAACCAGAAGCUAUUGACCAUUAAAAUUAUAAGAAUUUCA